ACAGCACAUCUCAAGAGUCGCUCGCUUUCAAGCGCAGUCAAAUGGCGCCGCUCCAGAGAGUCACGGCAAACAGUCCGUCCAGCUGAGGACAAAAACGCUUCUCUGGGAUUUUAUGUGUUUUUCGCUUUUCUGUGCUGUCUUCUGUUAGCCAUGAUUGUAUCUACCUGCAAGUGCGGACAUAUAAAAAGACGUUGAGCCUAUUUCUGCAUGAAGCCGAUAUUAUUCCGGUGACAGAUUGACAACUAACAUACAGCAUUCAACCAAAGCAUCCCAGAUCCUUGGACCAUGAGCAUCUCUCGCUAUGAACCCAGCUGUGAUGUUGACCUGGCGCCCCUUCUGUCCUGUAAACUCUGUCUGGGAGAGUUUCCCAUGGAGCAGAUGACCACCAUAUCCCAGUGCCAGUGCAUGUUUUGCAGUCUGUGUUUGAAGCAAUAUGUUGACCUGCUCAUUAAAGAAGGCCUCGAAGCGGCUAUUAGCUGUCCAGACUCUGCCUGCCCAAAACGGGGACAUUUACAGGAAAACGAGAUUGAGUAUAUGGUGCCUGCUGAGGUCAUGCAACGUUAUAGGAGACUCCAAUUUGAGCGAGAGGUGCUCCUGGAUCCUUGUAGGACCUGGUGUCCAUCCUCCUCAUGCCAAGCUGUGUGCCAGCUGAAGGAAGAAGAGGUGGAAAUGGCGCAGCCUGUGCAGUGCCCUCAGUGCAACCUGCGUUUCUGCUCCGCAUGCAGUAGAGACUGCCACACAGGCCAGGGGUGUCAGGAGGGCCUUCCAAUUGCCACCUUCCUGCCCAGGGAGAAUAGUUUUAACCUGAAAGAUCAGGACGACGAGGCCCCAAUCAAACGCUGUCCUAAGUGUAAAGUGUUUAUCGAAAGAGAUGAAGGCUGUGCACAGAUGAUGUGUAAGAACUGCAAACACGCCUUCUGCUGGUACUGCCUGGAAUCACUCGACGAUGACUUCCUACUGAUUCACUAUGAUAAAGGACCCUGCCAGAACAAACUGGGUCACUCCAGAGCCUCCGUCAUCUGGCAUCGGACGCAGGUUGUAGGCAUCUUCGCUGGUUUCGGUUUGCUCUUGCUGGUUGCCUCCCCCUUCCUUCUGCUGGCCACUCCUUUUGUACUUUGCUGCAAAUGCAAGUGCAAGCAUGGGGACGAUGACCCUCUUCCUACCUAGGGCCCUGGGCCACAUUCAGGAGUUCACCUUUUGGCCCAGUCGACUGAGGUUUAACUACAACCCCGUCUUUGAGCUGCUUUUGUAGCUCCAACUGGGACGUUAGUGGAAGACUCAGGUCUUGACAUUGAAAUGGGGAGGUUUACAAAGAGUCAGAGUUGUCGGAGUUAAGCAAGUAUAUAGUGUUUGGAAAAAAGGACUUUGAUUCAAGACACAGUUUGUUUUGGAGGAUUCGCACAUUGUUCUCUCUGUGAUAUGUAGCUUUCCUUAUUCUGUUGUCUUGUAUGUGUUGUCAAUCUCACUAUUCACUUUUUCUUCACUUUAUGUGGUGUUCACCGAAAAACAUUCAUUUGCUCACCUUUGUGUCAAAUCUGUAUGGCUUUUUUCUAUUGAAGAGUCCAAAGUACAUUCUUUCCGUAUGAAGAAACAGGGACCAUGGAUAGACUUUUUAUUGUAUAGCUUAGGCACUGUUGGAUAACUUGUAUACUAUUGUGUAAAUACAGAAUACAGUGUGGGGUGAGCGAAUGAUAGAGAAAAUAUCCCUUCAAGGCUAACUAAAUGUAUUUUUUGAUGUUGUUUAUUGUGGGACACAACACCGACAUAUUCUUCUACACAGCAUCUUGCAGGAAUAAGAGGAAGAAGCUCUUCUUCAACAGUGCUUUCUUGUAUUUUUGUAGCAUAGUCACAUGACCUUAGUAUGUCUUAAUUUUUCUAGUCUCCGUGCAUUCUAAAUGCAUGUUGGAAUCAGACAGGCCAAAGCAAGACUACGACUUUAAAACAGAAGAUCCUCUUCUACGGUUGAUGCUUCCUUAUAUGCUUGUUUUCAUGGGACAGCAAACCUUGUUCUUCCAUAUAAAUCAGUUUAGCACCACAGACGUAGCAAUCACACCACCUGAUGCCUUGUCAGAGCUCAUAGGGUUGGUGCUACAGAAAGACUCAGUCAGCGCUAUCACAAAAACCAAAAUCAUAUGUUUUAUACCGCUUAUCACAGUAAAUGAUGUCAUGUACAGAGACAUUCAGUUGAUAUAAAACAUGUUGCAUUUUGAUUUCCCUCAAACUGUUGAUCUUAAUCUAAACCCAAACUGCACAACCAUGUGCAUGCCAAUUAAGGUCAAAGUAAUCAGGUCAGUGAAGCUUAACUUUUUACUUUUCAGUCAGGUCAUGCUAGGAGUUGUUUGAUUAUUUAUUAAUUUAUUUUGGGGGUAAUGCUUCAGAUUGCCAAAAUAUGUGAUGUGUAACCAAUGUGCUCACUGUUUAGCGCAUUAUUAUUUGGUUGAUAGCAAACCAAGUUUUUUUUUAUGACCUUUAUUCUAUGUUUUGCACACUUUAAGUGUAUGAAAAAUUUUUGUAGCUACCUGUAUAUAAUGUACAUGUUUUUCACGUUUAAAUAUAUUAUUAUGCUGCAAUGCACUUGGCUUGCUUUCUUGUGCACUAGUUUUCACAAAUGCUUGCAUCAUAUUUAGAUCAUUAUUUUUUUUAACAAUGUACUUCAAUUCUUGGUAGGGGUGCGCGAUAUAUUGGCCGAUGAUGCUUCUCAAUUAAUUACGGUGAAAUGCCGCUACAUCCAAAAGCCAGGGGGCGCUCUCGUGCAGAAACUCAAUAUGCGCUGCAGACGAAGAAGCAUAGACACGCAGCUCCAGGAAAUGGCGUAAGGAUAUAUUUAUAUUGUUGUUCUUUUAAACCUUUUCAGGUAUUUUCAUGAUAAUAAACAACAUGUAUAAUGAUUAUGUUUGAUGCUUUUUCAAAUCCAUGUUAUAAACGACUCAAACUAACAUUGAUUUCAGAUCGAUUAGGACUUACUGAUCAAAAGCCGUAUUACAUGAAAUAGCUGUGAAUAAUAUCGGCUGUGCGAUUCAAAAUAGUUGGCCGCGUAUUAUUAGUGUGUAUCGGCAUUUAUCGGUGCACCCUUAAUUCUUGGAAAUGCUCGUUCUUGUCUAGACUUCAGUGCUCUAAACAUUACAGAUAUAACG